AUGCAUGAGGAUAAACCAUUAGUUGCUACCUACACGACUCAAAGACCACCAUGGCUUGGUUUGUGGAGCUCUCGUGAAUAUUCCGGAAGACCUGAUUGGUGGAAGGAGAACGGAGAGAAAGAUGAAGUUGUUCGUUCUGGACGACUUCGUUUGUGUAGAGCUAAGGUCAGAGAGGACGAUCCGGACUGGUGGGAUCCUAAGGUUGAAGAUGGAAAAUCUUUAGCUGGUCCAAACGGUUUGGACGGCACGAAGACUCCAAAUGUUACGAUUAAGGGAGACCAACCAGGAAACCUUGAAGACUUCCAAAAUAAGACGUAUGCUGCUUCUCAUCAGUUCAAAGCAAUUGCGGAAGAAUUUGGUCUCUCCAAAGAGCAUCCUGGUUUAGCCGUGAAUCCAACUCUCAACGACCUGAUCAACACUCCCAAAUCUUUCUUGGGCCGCUCAGUGUUCCUUCCUAACUCAUGGCACCACUUUGGUCCUCGAUUCUUCGAUCAACCUUUGAACGAGGCUUCUUUUGUGAAAGGUUUAGCUUGUGCCAAAUAUGCAGCAAUCUUCAUGGCUCCUUACACCCUCUUGGAGAUCCGUGCCACUCAUAGCAUACCUGUUUCGAGUUUCUCUCCCCGUAAUUAUUUCAAGAGAUAUCUCAAACUCGCUCCUCUCCCAGUCUCGGUCGCUUUCGCUUGGGGGUUCACUCUCUCAAGUGCUGCUAACCUAAGAAACAAGGAUGAUGUUUAUAAUCAUCUGUUCGCCAGUGCUGCUGUAGGUGCCGUUACAGCUACCUUCAAGGAUAGCUUGGCUAUCGGAGUUACUGCUGCUAUACUCUCCACUAUUCUCGGAUCUUUCUGGCAAUAUGCUCGAGUUUCUGAGACUGGAUUACAAGGUAAAGUACAUCAGCCACAAUCCGGUGGUAUCUGGGGAGGUCCUUUGGCAUGGAAGCUAUUCCAACACGGAGAUAUCGCUCCACCCGAAAGCAAAUUUUAG